AUGGAAAAAUCAUUCGAGCAAUUGAAACAUAUUGAGCGCAUAUCACGGCAAACACGUCGCCAUCGAGCAUAUUUAAAUCAAAUAUGUGAUCAAAAUCUACGUAUAAAAUUAGAUAAUUUAGAUAGAGAACGUGAACUUGCUAUUAAACGUUCAGCAUCUUGUCGGCGUAUUGAAGAAGAACGACAACAAUUAGUGAAAAUUACAAUUCAGCAAAUUGCAAAAGAACAACAACAACAACAACAAUCUUUACAAAGAAAUAAAACUGAAAUCGAACAAAAAACAAUUCAAAAGCUGCCAACUGAUAAUAAAAGUCGCCCAUCAUCAUCCAUUAAACUGCCUGCUAUCGGAACAUCGUGUCGUCUAUUUUCACACGAUUGCCAAUUAUAUCCCUGCCAACCAGUCAAUCAGUAUACGAGUUUUCUAGGAAGACAUCAUGAUAAAACGCUGCGAAAACAUAAUCCAUCUACGGAAAAUUCUACUAAAGCUUCGAAUACUGCGGCACAUCUAAAAGAAUUCUUGAAAACAGUUGACGAGAAAAAACAUGAACACUCAAGUCGACAAUUAGCAUUAGCCAUACAAAAUCAAAAUCAUUUAGUUCAUCGGCAUAUAUCUCUACAACGAACAAAAACAAGACUUGAUGAACAAAGUCGUCUAUUAUAUGAGCGAUUAACUCAGAAAAAAAUUUUAGGUUAUGAUAAAGAACGUCAACAGAAAUUAUCACAAGCUAUUGAAAGUCAUUUAAAAGUAACUGCUAAAUUUUGCGCAUAA